AUGGUGACAAUGGAACAAACGCCAGUUGUGGUCGUUGGCGGCGGCCCAAGCGGUCUCACAAUGGGUCUCGCUCUUGCAAAGCACAAAGUCCACUCCACCAUACUCGAGAAAGAACCCACCAUCGACCAGGAUCCGCGAGGCGUCUUUCUCAACGGCGAUGCUGUGAGGAUUCUGUAUGAUCUCGGAUUGGUCGAGCAGUGGCCUGAGAUCGGUCAUGAGCCUAAGAAGAUCAACUUCCACCGAACGACCUUCAAGAAGCGGCCGUUCUAUAGCAUGGAUACUUCGGAUGACUUUCUUAGUCAAGCUGUUCCGAAUGGCUUCCUGCAUGUCCAACCGAAACUUGAGGCGGCGUUGGCCAAUCUCAUUCACAAGUCUGAGUACUGCACUUUGCGGCGAGGAUGCGCAGUGCAAGACCGGAAAUCUGGUGACAGUGGCAUGACUAUUAGCUAUCGCAAUGAGAGUGAUGCCGACUGCUCCAUAACAUGCAACUGGCUAAUCGGCGCCGAUGGCAAACGAGGCAUUGUAAGGAAGCACUUCCUCGAGGCCUCGGCUGGUAUCCGGCAGCAGGACAGCAGCUAUCGAUACGAUGGUACUUGGGUGGCGGCCAAUCUUCGUAUAAAUCUACCAACGCCGAAUACUCAUCCCCAGCUUCCCUUCUGGAGCCAUGGUAUGUCUCCCGAGCAGGUCUUUAAUCUCUACUGGCCGAAAGACUGGCACUUCUGCACACCGCCCGGGAAACCUACUGCCUGCGGGCGCUUUGGCCCAUUCGAAGAUCGAGUUUGGAGGCAUGAAUUCGCUGAGCAUGGCUGGAGAGACGAUAUGGAUGCUACGGAACUUCUAUGGGAGCAUAUCACGCCAAUGAUCACCCAUGAUAGAGACCAUCACGGAGAGCGGUUCAAAGACGGUCCAGUGACCUAUCCACAGGAUUGCAUAACGAUCAUUCGAUGCCGCCCGUUCACAUUCACGCACAAGGUCGUAAACAAGUGGUUCGAUGGUCGAACGGUUCUGAUUGGCGACGCAGCUCACGUCUACCCGCCCUUCGGAGGAGAAGGCAUCGCCUCCGGUAUCCGCGAUGCACAUCAGCUGGCCUGGCGCAUUGCCCUCUCGCAGAGCUGCCCUCUGAGAGUCUCAGCAGUCAAACAACAACUCAACACGUGGGCUGAAGAACGAAGGAAAGGCGCCAAGAAUGCAGCAGACUUCACGAAGCUCAACGGCACUUUGUGCAAUGAGGAGGAAACCUGGGGAUUCUGGGUGUUCCGCAACGUCGAGUCGGUCUUGAAGAUGAUUCCAUUCUUCUCCUACCUGCCUAAUCCCCGCUCGAUGACGGAAGCCAAAGGCUACCAAGGAGUGAAGGGCGUUUUCUUUUUGACUAGAUUCGGCGGCGGUGGUAAGCUCGCACAAGUCUAUAUGGAUUCGACAGACAGCGGAAAUGUCUUCUUGUCAGAUCAUCUACUUCGGCACGAGCAGUCGCUUCUGACACUGAUAGUCCUGGAUACUGGCAACCGAGAAGAAGCGAUAACCGCCUUGAAAUCAUCAGACAUCUCGCCGAGCAUGCUCUCUCCCGAGGACAUCAUCGUGGUAAAGAACAAGAAACACACCAUCAGUCCACAGACCCAUGUGACAGGAUACUCUCCGACCAGUCUUUCAGAUGGUACAAUUCCGAACGGAUAUAGUCCUGCAACGUACUGGAGUCGAUUGGGAAAGGGCUCGUACGCUUACGCUAUCGUCCGCCCCGAUUUCUACAUCUUUGCUCUUCUCCGUAACAAGGAGGAAUUGGAGCAUGCGAUAGUAGGGCUGAUGGGAAUCCUUGCUGGACGUGACAACAGUUCGGUCUCCCCAAGAGCCAGACUCUGA